UAGUUGGCUCGAGCUGCUGCCAGGCAAUUGGUUAAAAAUGAAUGGCAGUUGGAGUUGUAGCAGAUGAGCUGGGAAUGAGUUAGCAGUUACUUGCUGGGAUUCCUUCCAGAGGAGGAAGGUGGAGUUCUGAGCUGCUCACAGCAUUUCCAAAAUAAGAGUCGUGGCAAACAGGGGCUGUGUGAAACAUCAAGAAACUGCAGCAAACUACAAGUGAGAAGUUUGAAUUCAGAUUAUUCUCUCUACCAAAGAAACAAUCCUCUUGUGUUAAAGCUGUUCCCUAUGUCAAAUCUAAGGAGGCUGAGCCAGGAGUGUGGAAAGAGAGACUCAGGAUGGUGAGCUUUGUUGGUUUGUUUUUCCCCUGAAAAUAGCUGGUUUAAAAAGAAAAAAAAAAAAAAAAGCUGUUUGCUGCCAUGUGAGUUUUGUACUGAGCCUGUCAUGAAUCAGCUCUGGGGAGGGAGGGGACUUUUAAACUGAAAUAUUUACAUGAAUCAGACAGCUGGGCUUUGGGGGAGUGACCAGUGCGGUACAAACAGUUUAAACUCUGAAGCUCUGCUGUGCCUCGGUGUUUCCCUCUGAUCAAGAAGGAUUUGGGGGACUGGAGCUGGUAGCACUGGGAACAUAUGAGCCGCCACUCUUCUCUUAGGAAACGCAACCAACACCUUGCAUCACGGAGGCCCAGCAUGAAUAUUAACUGUGCUGGUGGGAAGAGGAAUCUGGAGUCCACUUGCUCUGUAGAAAAUGGAACUGUAGCAGUGCACGAGACAGAAGAAGGUAAUGUGAUGCUUGGAGGUCACAGCCCCUCUGCAGGCCUCAGGAACGAGGGUUUAGAUUCUGACUACAGACACACUGCUUGCCCAGCCAGCCCCCAGUUCAGCAGCAUGUUGUCUGCUUCUGAAGACGCACACAGUUGUCACUUCCAAGAUGGAAAUAAAAGACAGACAGAAUAUUUUAACACCCAGGAGCGCCAUGCUUUGUCUUCAAGCAUCAAUUCGCAGACGGUGGCUCCAGAGAAAGUGACACUUGUGGUAGAUGGCACUCGGUUUGCAGUGAAUCCACAGAUUUUCACUGCUCACCCUGAUACUAUGCUGGGAAGAAUGUUUGGACCAGGAAGAGAAUAUAAUUUCACCAGGCCAAAUGAAAAGGGAGAAUAUGAAAUUGCAGAAGGAAUUAGCUCAGCUGUAUUCCGGACUGUGCUGGAUUAUUACAAGACUGGAAUAAUAAACUGUCCUGAUGGGAUUUCCAUCCCAGACCUUCGAGACACCUGUGAUUACCUCUGCAUAAACUUUGACUUCAACACAAUCAAAUGUCAAGAUUUAAGUGCUCUUUUACAUGAGCUCUCUAAUGAUGGUGCUCACAAGCAAUUUGACAGCUACCUGGAGGAGCUAAUUCUGCCUAUAAUGGUGGAUAGUGCCCGGAAAGGGGAGCGUGAAUGCCAUAUUGUUGUGCUGACAGAUGAGGACACUGUGGACUGGGAUGAAGAUCACCCUCCUCCAAUGGGCGAGGAGUACUCUCAAAUCCUUUACAGUUCCAAGCUGUACAGAUUCUUCAAGUACAUCGAGAACCGCGAUGUUGCAAAAGCUGUGUUAAAGGAGCGGGGCCUGAAGAACAUUCGCAUUGGCAUUGAAGGAUAUCCCACCUGUAAAGAGAAAGUGAAGAGGAGGCCAGGUGGUCGCUCAGAAGUGAUAUACAACUACGUUCAGCGGCCGUUCAUCCAGAUGUCCUGGGAAAAGGAGGAGGGGAAAAGCCGUCAUGUUGACUUCCAAUGCGUCCGGAGCAAAUCUCUAACAAACCUGGUCACUGUGGGUGAUGACGACGUUUCAGAGGACCAUGAGGUUAUAAUGCAUCACCCCCCACAGGUAGAUGAACUGGAUAGGCUAAAUGCUCCAUUCUCCCAAAUGGCUGUUAAUGAUCUACCAGAUUAGUCAUGGCUCCGGCUUGAUGUGGGAACAUCUCAGCAUAGUUUCAUCCUAGUAAUGGAACACAGACUCCUUGCAAGGUGCUUUAUCCUCAUUCAUCUUCUUACUAUGUUGUCAUAUUUCAAGCAUGUUAAUAAAGAGCCACGCUCUCUAGCCUAAUUGUGCAAUCAAAAGCAACAUCUCAAACAAAAAGAAAAUGUCGCUUGUUUCCACUACAAAGGCUUCCAGACUGAUGGGUGCUGAAUAUUUUAAGUAGACUUCUGAAAGGAGCAGAAGUAUUUAGAAAUGACAUGAGAGAGGAAACUGUGGGCCUGUCAAGACAAAGCUUCUAUUUACCAUUAGAUACUUAGGUUUGCUUUUGUGAUAAUCUGCACCAAACAUCAAAGCAAGACAGGUGAUGCUCUUUCAUCAGCCAGCAGAAAUGUAGCACGGUUGUGGCAGCAGAAUACUGAGAGUGGGGAAAUGACAGCAGAAUGCUGCAUGAGGGAAUCUGUUUACACUGCCACCUGGCUUUGCAUCCAGUCUGUACAGCUGUUCUAGGGAGCACCUCUCAGAGGUGUUCAAGGCCAGGUUGGAUGGAGCAGCCUGAUGUGGGCUGGAACUGGAUGGUCUGUAAGGUCUUUUCCAACCAAAACCCUUCUGUGAUAAUAGGAAGUAUGAGACUCUUCACAGGAGCUGCCUGUAUAUACUUCUACAUUGGAUGAAAUGACUGUUCAGAGAUAUUGUCUGUGAAGUUCAUUAAAAUGAGCAGAUUGUGCUGGAGGAAAAAGCCAGAAAGAAGACUAGUUGAUUUUUUUUUUUUUUUUUAGCAACAGUCAGUCUGUUUAGUAGCAUAGAAGAUGAUGUAAGAAGCUUUCUAAAGAUGACUGUGCACGUUAAGAAUUUUUUUCCUCAUCCUUUCUAAGAAAAAAAAAUAAUGCUGGAGCUGAGCAAAAUCUGUUUGCAUCAACCUCAUCAGUGAAGACUUGCAUAGGCUGCCCAAGGAGCAUUCCACCCACAGGACCCGUUUCAGCUUCUGAAGGCCACUUCCCUCCCAGUUUGGAACUGACUGGACUCUGUCACAGUCAGGCACAUAGGAGACAUCCAAUAAUAAAUGAGACUUCAGCAGGAAAAAAAUACACAUACCUGGGAACAAUUGCCCUCUGCUGCUCUAAGUACAGUAUUCUGUAUUUAAGGUUCUAUUCAUUUUGAAUUCAGGGCCAACAAAGCUGUGACUGUAGGUGUAAACACACUCUGGGCUGCUUAACUCACUUGUGUUGGAGUGUAGCUGUCCUGUUCCUUUUGUGUGCAGUUUCCUACAGGCUGCUUAACCCACUGAUGAGCACACAGAGCAUUCAGUACAGCCAGAGCCAAGCAGGCAGGUGAGCAAGCACAGACCUGCAUUACACAGCUAGCAUUUCUGAGGGCUGCAGAGAAACUGUACGGACCCAAAGCAGUGCUGUUCUGGUACAGAGCAAAGCUGAAACACCCAAAAAGCAUGAGAGGAAAGCAGCUCCUGUAAGUUCAGGUCAGUUCUGCUCUUGUAAUUGAUUGAUGUUUAAACCUGUGCUGCUUGGUUUGUAAGUUACUUGGGCAUACUUAAAGUAGAGGUAGGUGUUAGUCUGCCCCUAGAAGCUUUAAUCCCUUUGUUGUCAGGGUUGCAUCAAGCAAAUUCUCAUUAUUUUCUAUCUGUCUGCAAACUGUAAGGUAGGCAUGGUAUUGAAGUUUGCUGUUACUGUUUUACUGCUAUGGAUGUAUUGCUUUCCUUUUCUGUGUAAGGAACAUGAAUGCCUUUCUGGUUAAGAGUAACAACACCAUCUCUGCCAACGCUUAUGUGCUGAUGCAUUUCGUUCCCAUUUGUAUGGAUAUGGGUUCUGUUAUCAGCAGAGUUUCUUUUUCCUAAGUGCAGCAAAUAUCUCUCUUCUUUUAUAAGUGCCUAUGGGAAGAUUUCCAGAAGUGCUUCAGGUCCUCCUGAGAGUCUUAGGGGUUGAGGUCCACCUGACUUCUGAAAAGUCCUUUCUGUGUGUUAAUGGAUCAGCAUAGAGAAGUGUCCUUCAGUGUCUGCACAGAGGCAGUGUAAGUCAUGUGCAAUCACUUUCCAUUGUUGUUCUAGAUGAAUUUCUAUUCUUGUAUUAGAGAACAAAAGCUAUGGCACAUUGAUCUUCCAGGAGAGGUCCAGGCCAUGUCCAUUAGCUGCCAAAGGAUUGAGCAGCUCCCAGAGUGAAGCAUAGGCAAUGGUGAGGCUGGCUUCUGGCAAUGAUGGAGCUUGGCUCCAGGCCCUGUGGAUUUUUGGUGUCUGUAUUUAUUUUUACAGCUGUGUAAGUUUGGUUUGAAGCAAACCUGUGCUGAGUUGGGAUUGGGGUUUACCCAUUCCACGGGUGUGUGGGUCAAACAGGCCCUCACUUGAAGGCUCAGAAUGUCACUGCCUUGUUAACUUUCUGGUGCUGUGUAACCAAUGGGACCUUCAGCACAGGAUGGGGGGCCUGGCUUCCAUGCUGUAUGUGGACUGCUUUGCAGACACUGAAUGACACUCUACUUUAUUGGCUUUCCCAAGUAGCUGGAGAUGCAUUUGGGAUUUAUUUUUAGUAGAGAGAGUUCUGUUGGAACACUAUGUCAAGGUGAAGAAGUAUGCAUUUGCUUUUCCUCCUUUUCUCAUAGUUGCCCACCAUUCAGGUAGAAGUGUUUGGUCUUAUUCUAGAUGUACUGAAGUGUUAACUGUGGUGUCCAUAAACUCCUACAGCUGUAUGGUUUCUUUUAUGUAUUAAAGCAUAAAUUAUACGUGGUUGUUUGGGCUCUUUUAGAUGUGGAAUAGAAUAGGUAGGGGGUUUAUAUUGCUAUAAAAGAUGCUCCCCAAUUCUACCUAGUUGAAGUGGAUGAGGUCCCUUCCACCCCAAACCAUUCUGUGAAUAAGGUGGAGCCCAGGUGACAUUUAAUGGAUUGACUGACAACUGUGUGUUUACUAAGAGGAUUUUAUUUACAUACCCAAUGCAAAGAUCAUUCCAUACAAAGCUGGCUCCCCUGCCCUCACAUGAUACAUCUGCCAAAUUUUACAGUGCAAUUUAGUAACAGCUUUUAAAUAUUUACAGAAAACACUUUUUCAAAUUACAGCUUAAGGCAGAGUCAGGGCACAGUGAUAAGAAACACUUGGUGCAGGUUUAUGCUAGGCAUGAUAGAAAGACAAAGUGGCAGCACAGUUCAAGUUCAGACUCAUUGGAAAUUCAGAUUAGGAUCUUUCCUAGAAGUCCAGCUGGGUAAAAAAAUGCAAUCAACAAAAACAGUCCUGCUAGCAGCUUGAAAAGAGAGCUGAGAUCCACAUGAGCUCAAUACACAAACCAGCAGCUAAUACAAAGGUUUGGCUAACACAGGGGGAGGGAACAAUCAUACUGAAAUCUUCAAGUAGAGCUCCUGGAAACAACAGGGGGUUGGUUUGCACCUGUAACAGGAAGCAGGUGCAGCUGUAAUAAAAAAACCUACCAGUGGAAAGGGGAUGUCCAAGGCUUUCAGAGGAUUAUAUGCAGCCCUGUGGCUCCUACUGAAAGGCACAGAAAUGAGGUACCCAACUGUUCCUUACGCCUUAUAAAAGCUUUAAUUCAAAACUGAGGUUUCAGACUUUAAAACAUAUGCACUAAAAUGCACAAUAUGUAUUAUUAUAGAGAUUCUCACAGCAAGUUGUCACAACUUAGAGUGGUACAGCUUCUCUUAUCUUUGGUAUUUAUAAAUAAAAUGUCCAGUCCCUUUAAUAAAGGGCUAAUAAUGCCACUACUGCCCCCAAAUCCUUCCUCCUCAUCCACUGCAGCUUCAAAGGAUUUUGCUUUCUGAAGUGUUAAGGCAGUAACUAAGCUGUUGGGAAUUUCUAAGUAUUAAUACCUCUCACUUUCCUAGUGAUUUAUAAGGCAACAUUUUCCAGUGGUUCAAAAUAAACUGCAGGAUGAGGACAGGACAAUUUAAGAAGUAGCUAUCAGCCCUCCACUGAAAUUAAAGGAGGGUAGGAUGUCAUGUUACUGACCAGCUGACACAAAGCUGGAUCCUGUAAUCAUUACUUCAGUUAGCCCUUAUUCAUGAGGAAUUUCUACUGCUACAGUGCUCCUGGUGCUUCUAUUAAGGCUGUCCUUGCAUUUCAGCUUUUCUAGGAUCCAGCUGGUAUCUAAGCUGCUUAUGGCAAAUAGUUCAUCUCCUGGGACACAUCCCAAAAGCACAGGGGUGGUCAUGGAGAGGAUGCAGUGAGUCACCACCCAGUCUUAACUGUGUACAGACAACUUUCAGUCCCCCAGUCAGGCCCUCACAAUGGCACUCAAUUCAAAAGACAUCUGAGUAAAAAGUCCUUAAAAGCACCUAUUAAAAAAUUCACAACAAACCCUAUUUUAUUUCCUAAUCUAGAAAGUUAGAACUAAGUGUAACAGAACAUUCCUAUUACUUUGAAACACUGCUCUCUUUGUUCCUAAAUAGCUUUUCUGGCCAUGCUAUGCCAUUAGUGUUCAGCACCAACAAAGGUUUAACAGCCUUAAGACAGUUCUAAGUGAUCGAUGCUUUUAGAGACCUCAUUACAAUUUUGAAAACAUCUAAUUGCAAAUUACAAGACUGGUAGAAAGCAAGCCCAAAGGGUAAUGCCACCUGCCCCUGGAAGUGCAGAGCUAACUACAAACCAAGGGCAAAGUGGAGCUCAUGAUUAUAAAAAGAAAUUAUCAAAAGCUCAGCUGAGGCAGAAUCCUCCCUCCCAAAAUGCAGGUGUGUUCCCAGAGAUGUUCAGGCAAGGAAAGGCACUUUGGGGCUCUCCCAGAGAGCAGCCUGAUCAGAACUUGUAUAAACGACACAAGGCAAAAAUGUAGAGUAGGCUGUGGGUCCAACCACCCCAAACUGACCCCAUGAGGCACUGUGUCUUUUGGAGACCACAGGGACAGCUGCUUCUGCUCCAAGCCAAGAGCAAGAAGGCCACAGAAGAUGGUUUUUACAACUGGUGAAGGAUGCCCAUCUCAAAAUGGCCAACAGAUGGCAGCAGCAGGAAGCCCAUGGCCGACCCAGCUGGACCCACACACCCACCAUUGAUCAGCUGAAAUGAUUUUUUCCUCCGUCUGUCUGCACUAACUCCAGAUCCAGCUGCAGUCUUCAUCAUCUGCAUUGCUUAUAGGUAUGUCCUUUCACACAGGAAUGAGAACUGGUGGUCCCUGGUGGUGGUGGGAGAAGUGGCCCAUUUCUCUUAGCACUGUCUGGAAAAGAAAAAGUGUGCGAUUGUUUUUAAUUUAGAAAAAAUAUUAAAUGGCUUUGAGGGGUCACUGCUUUAGUACCAAAAGUAAAGUGCACUGUAACUUGAGGCCACUGCUACAGAGCUGAGAAAUGCUGUUGGAGAGGCUUCCAGGUAGCAUCAUAGAAAAAAAA